GAGCAGCUCGCGCCUGGGCUUUGGGCUGGCUGCAGUCUGUCCGAGAGCGGCGGAAGCGGCUGGCUCAUUUAAGAUGAGGCUUCUGCUGCUUCUCCUGGUGGCGGCGUCUGCGAUGGUCCGGAGCGAGGCCUCGGCCAAUCUGGGCGGCGUGCCCAGCAAGAGAUUAAAGAUGCAGUACGCCACGGGGCCGCUGCUCAAGUUCCAGAUUUGUGUUUCCUGAGGUUAUAGGCGGGUGUUUGAGGAGUACAUGCGGGUUAUUAGCCAGCGGUACCCAGACAUCCGCAUUGAAGGAGAGAAUUACCUCCCUCAACCAAUAUAUAGACAUAUAGCAUCUUUCCUGUCAGUCUUCAAACUAGUAUUAAUAGGCUUAAUAAUUGUUGGCAAGGAUCCUUUUGCUUUCUUUGGCAUGCAAGCUCCUAGCAUCUGGCAGUGGGGCCAAGAAAAUAAGGUCUAUGCAUGUAUGAUGGUUUUCUUCUUGAGCAACAUGAUUGAGAACCAGUGUAUGUCAACAGGUGCAUUUGAGAUAACUUUAAAUGAUGUACCUGUGUGGUCUAAACUGGAAUCUGGUCACCUUCCAUCCAUGCAACAACUUGUUCAAAUUCUUGACAAUGAAAUGAAGCUCAAUGUGCAUAUGGAUUCAAUCCCACACCAUCGAUCAUAGCACCACCUAUCAGCACUGAAAACUCUUUUGUAAGUUGUUUAAAAUAUAGCUAAUGUAUAGGUUUCUGUUGAUUCUUAUGACUCAGCAAGUUAGUAAAUAUUACAUAUAUUAUCACUUGAGUUUCCAAUUUAAGAUUAAACAGAGGGAUGUAUUCUUCAUUAAAAUGUUGAAGUGUAUGAAGAGAGUUCGGCCUUGCCAAAAUAAAGUCAGGUUGUUAGUAAUUUUAUCUUCAAGGCUUAAUGAUUGGGUCUGUAACCUUAUUUUCUUUGCUCUGAAUUCCUAAUGGCCAGAGUGGAUAUAUUAUGCUAGAGGUGUGUAUACUUCCUGUCCUUACCUUCAAGUAAUUAGUUCCUGAGAGUAUGCAAAUUCUUUGAACAUACUCAAGAUAAAAAAUUUAUAGGCAAAUGUGUGAACACAGAGAGGUAUUAGUUAACUUUUUCUUUGUGAUCAUUGAAUUGACUUUCUAAAGAGUUUUUAUGAGUGAUUUUUGAAAUAAAAUAUUCUUUUUUCUGUAUAUCUUUCAGGCAUUAAGGGAUCAUUGCAAGAGCAGCGUGGCUGACAUUAUGAAGGCCUGUACUGAAGACAGCAAGCUGUUAGUACAGACCAGAUGCUUUCUUGGCAGGCUCGUUGUACCUCUUGGAAAACCUCAAUGCAAGAUAGUUUUUCAGUGCUGGCAUAUUUUGGAAUUCUGCACAUUCAUGGAGUGCAAUAAUACUGUAUAGCUUUCCCCACCUCCCACAAAAUCACCCAGUUAAUGUGUGUGUGUGUGUGUUUUUUUAAGGUAGACAUUACUACUUGUAACUGUUUUUCUUAGUCGUAUUUGAAAAAGUAGAAAAUUGAGUUACAAUUUGAUUUUUUUCCCAAAGAUGUCUGUUAAAUCUGUUGUGCUUUUAUACGAAUAUUUGUUUUUUAUGGUUUAAAAUUGAUCCUUUGGGAAUCCAGUUGAAGUUCCCAAAUACUUUAUAAGAGUUUAUCAGACAUCUCUAAUUUGGCCAUGUCGUUUCUGUAGUUUACAAAAUAUAGCAGAUGCAAGAUUAUGGGGGGAAUCCUAUAUUCAGAGUACUCUACAAAUUUUUGUGUAUGUGCGUGUGAUUACCAGAGAACUACUAAAAAAACCAACUGCAUUUUAAAUUCUAUUGUGUAGUUCAAGUGUCAUGCCUUGACCAAUCUAAUGAAUUGAUUAAUUAACUGGGCCUUUAUACUUAACUAAAUAAAAAACUAAGCAGAUAUGAGUUAAAUUUAAAAGUUUCAAUUUAUUGCUCAAUGUACCUGUUAACAUUAUAUUUAACAGUUGCUUAAAUUUUUGUUUUUGAUUUAUGGAUAAUUUCUUAAGAGUACACACUUUAGAUACACAAAUAAUCGUUCAUUUACCAUCUUUAGGAUCAUUGAAACUCAUCUCACUAAAGAAAGUUCACUUGAACCUCUUAUAGCAUUGAUACUAGGUGAACAGAAAUUACCUGACUAAUAAUUUGUCUAACAUCAUAUAUCAGAAUUUUAUUGUAUAUGAUGAACAAAACUUAAAAUUUUUUAAAUUUAAUUUUUAAAUACUGUUUCAGAGUUCUAAAAAGGCAGUUUUUUAAAAAACUUAAAUUGUUAAAAACUGUAAGAAUAAUUUAGCAGAAAUAGAACCAGAAUGUAGAAAAACAGUCAUGUAACAGCAGUAAUAACAUACUUCAGCUUCCAUAUAGGAAUAGAAGUGGUAGAGCCAAAAGUGAUUUAGGGAAAAGUUAUAAGGUACAGGUUGAGUAUCCCUUUUCCAAAAAUGCUUGGUCCAAGAAGUAUUUCAGAUUUCAUAAUUUUUUUCAAAGUUUGGAAUAUUUGCAUUAUACUUACCAGUUGGGCAUCCCAAAUCUGAAAUCUGAAAUGUUCCAUGAGCAUUUCCUUUGAGUGUCAUGUUGGCACUCAGAAACGUUCAACAUUGAGUCCACUUAACACUUAGGUGUUAGAAGACCUAACUUUCUGUAACAAUUAACCUUAUACUUUGUUUGUCAUCGAAUAUUUGUUGAAUGCAUGUCAGGUAAUGGUCUUGAUUGUGAUAGCUUCAAGGUGGAACAUACUGUAAUCUCCAGAUGCUAGGAAGUUAGUCUAGUAAUUCACUGCAGAAAAUUGAUUAAAUGGCUGUCCUUUUAAUUAAGAGUGUGGAGUCAUAAACUUAAGUUCUUCAUAUAGUGACAAGAGUCCUUAGAGAUUGUUAUUCACGUUCCUUAGAAAUUGUUAUUUAGGUAUAAUAUCAUGUCUUUGACUAGAGCUUGAAACCUUGUUAACUGAUUGUGUACCACUCCAAAUUCCCUGCCUUCUGCAAGUUGAAUGUCUUGCUGAAUGUGUCUAGGGGUUCAUCUUCAGUAAUCGACAUUCCACUAGUGCCACAGUUAACUUCAUGACAUGUAGACAUUCAAAACCUGAGCCUUGGAUGUUCCUGUGGACCUGACAGUUAAAAAUAUAAAGAACCUAAGAUUCAAAUCCAACUUUCUCUGUUUGCCUUGGGUUGAAUAACUUAUCUUUUGGAGAAUAGCUUUAAGUGGCUUAGACACUGAUAAAAUUCAGCUAUAUUGUUGACACUCAUCUCUUUUGUCUUAUGCUUAGCCAUAUUUAAAUCUUGAAUUUAAUAGAGUCUAGUGAAAAAAUGAGUGGAAAGAAUGAAUAUAAAGUAAUAAUAUAAGGAAAAAAGGGAAAGUAAACUAUUUAGAAUGUAGUUUUGUUAUAUUCCCAACAUUUCAAUAUUUAUUAGUUACUUGUAAAUUACUGUGGCUGUGUAGUUUAUAAAUGUCUGUGCACUGUAUUAAUUAGAAGACCAUAGAACAUGCCAGCAGGUUGGCUAAUGCUAUGGGGGUUUUUACCACAGUUGCCAUUGUGGAAGAAAUUAUUUGGUACAUUAAUAAAAAAAGUUGGUAAAACAUGGUUUUAUACCUCAGUGUAUAAGAUGUGCAAGACAAAUAUGCUUAUUUCCUUUUCUAGAAUAUAAGUGAUAUUAUUUGCUUAUGACACUAACACUAUUAAUGACAGGAGUCAAUCAGCCUUUACAGCUAUCAAAAUAUAAUGAGAUCCCAAUGAUGAUUCUUUUUUACUUUGAAUGUUAAUUAGUUUGGGACUUUGGCUGGCAAACAUUUUAUCAUUGUCAGAAUUUAAUUUAGAUUUCAAAAAUAGCUUACAGGAUUUUAAACAUGGUGUGGUAUUCUAAAGCCUUUUUUUAAAAAAGAGAUCUUUUUGAGAGAAACAAAUGAGGAUUGUAAAGUUUGGGGACUUACCUCUGUAGCAUUGUGAAAAUAAACUUUUAUUAAGCUGA